CGAUCUGUUCAGUGUUUAGUAACGCUUCCUUCCAGCUAGAACACGACACGGCCGGUUAUUCGUCUCGUGAACGCGUACCGUACCAGACGUUACGAUCAGCGCAAACAACGGUUAAACCUUCGGGACGGUACACAGAGUGUCGCGUACCGUGCUUGGGAAACGGAGCGGUGUACGUGCAGGUGGAUGGUGCGAUCUGGAAGCUUUACCAAAUUUACAAUCACACAUAGUGGUGCAGUGCGUUGCGAAAUCAGGUGCGUGUUAUUCGCGUGUCAAUGUAACAAAUUCUACACAAAGUGUGUUUUGGGUGCUCCGCGUGUUAGCGUAGAAUGAAGCGACACUAUUACGUGCAGAAAAUGAAUAGCCAGGAAAAGUUGGGUGACGAUUCGGCCGGCAUGGACACGACCGGCAUCUACACGAUCACUGUGCCGCGUGUGGAGGUGGCAUUCCCGGGUAGUACCGAACCCAUCGCGCCAAGUUCUACCCUGGUCUCGAUACUGCAGCGACCACCGAAGACAAUCGUUGACUUCGGGACGGUCAAUAUUUACCAGCCGCCAGAUAGUGGUGUGAAGGUUGGUCGCAGCGUUACCGUUCCCGACGGUAAGAUGCUCGAUCCGCCCUUCGAUGAUAACAGCGAUAACAGCAGCAAUCUCAGUGUGUCCGCGAACGACGAGGACAGUGAUAUAAUAUCGGAGUACAUCGGUCACUACGGUCGGUGGCAGUUUGGGUGGACGUUCUUACUGUGUCUGUUCCAGAUACCGACCACGUUUCACAUCUUCUGUCUGGUGUUUCAGGCGGCUGCCCGAGACUUUUGGUGUGCUCGGCCGGCACAUUUAACUUCCGUGCCGCUGGAGCUGUGGCGCAACCUCACGCAAACGACCACCGGCAACCAGUGCAGUGUACGGGCGGCACCGUACGAACAUCUGACGGUGGACAGCAUUCUCGAGUACUUCCAUGGUGCGGCGAAUGGAAGCGAUGAUGAGCGCAUUGGAUGCAGUGCGUACGAGUACGAUGAUACGAUCUACGGGCAAACGAUCAUCGCCGAGUUUGGGCUCGUCUGCGACCGCGGCCAUCUGAUGAGCAUCGUGGAGAUGUGCUUUCUGGCUGGGGCUGCGCUCGGCAGUGUUGGCAGUGGAUGGAUUUCGGACCAGUUCGGCCGAAGGCACACGCUGAUGGGAUUCGCACUGAUACAGGGUGUUACAGGUAUCGCGCUCGGAUUCGUGACGUCGCUCGAGCUGUACAUGGGACUGCGGGUAGUGAUCGGUUUCGCCUCGAUGUCGGUCGCGGUGGUCAGCUUCGUGCUGGUGGUGGAGCUGGUGAGCGGCCGGUACCGCACAAUCAUCGGCAUUCUCAACAUACUUCCGGUGGCCUUGGCCUACAUCCUGGCGGCGGGUAUCGCAUACGUGGCGCGUGACUGGCGCACGAUGCAGUUCGCCAUCACGGUGCCCGGUCUGCUGCUCGUCACCAGCUGGUACCGAUGUCCAGAAUCACCCCGCUGGCUGCUAGCCAAGGGUCGGCUGGAUGAGCUCUGCCAGCUGCUGGAGCGAGCCGCUACCACCAACAAUCUACAGCUCCCCGCAAACUACCGGAAAGCGCUCAUAGUGGAAUCGGGCACGGAAUCAGGCGGCGAACCGGAAGCAGCCGUCUCGGUCGGUGACGUAUUCCGCCGGAAGUACAUCCGCACCACGCUCGUCAUGAUCGUCGUCUGGUUCGGCAUCAUACUGAUCUACUUUGGCAUUACGCUGCAUCUCAGCAAUCUUGGUGGCGACAUCUAUCUGAACACGGUCAUUGCCGGUUCGGUCGAAUCGAUUGCCAUCUGUAUCAGCAUCGUGGUCGUGCUGAAGCUCGGAUUACGGAUUAAUUUAUUCCUCUACAUGGUCGUCGCUGGAUUGUCCUGCAUCGUGAUGAACUUCGUGCCGGAUGGUAACCUCUGGCUGAUAAUUACGCUGGCGAUGAUCGUCAAGUGCUGUGUUGGAGCAUGUAAUGCCAUCAUACCGACGUUUACCGCGUACCAGUACCCGACCACCAUGCGCAACCUUGGUGUUGGGGUGGGAAAUUUUGCUGCCGGCGUGGCGCUUAUCAUUGUACCGUACCUUUGGCUGCUGGAGCACAUUGAUCAGUACCUACCGAUGACGAUCAUGGGCGUGUUCAGUAUUAUCGGGGCCCUUUCGCUCGCUAUCCUGAAGGACAAACUGAGCCAAAAGUAUCGCCAACGGAAGCAGGCGAAACAAGCCACGGUUUAUCGGAACACAACCGCCAUCGCUAACGGAAAACAGCACGCUGCGAUGGAAGCUGACAAUUCAAAACGGCGCGCUGGCUCGCAGUAUCUGUACGACACUGAAGAACCGGCCGGAAUCAGCAACAUAGGAUUUGCACAAAACGAAAGCAUAUUCCUGUAAAGAUUUAUAGAAGCCAAUUAUAUUAGCUCUCUCUCUCUCUUUGUUUUUCUUUUCUGCGGUUAAAGUGCACAACUAUAGUUAAUAAUGGAAUAUAUCGAAUAAGAUGCGGUUUGGGAUAAAAUAGGUAUAAUCUUCCUAAUGCAGCUAGCGAGUAGAUUCAUCAGGCUAGCCGGCAAAUAGGAACCAUGCGUACUACUUCAUCACAGAGUUUAAAGCUAGUAUUUAAAUGCAUCAACUGUGGCAUUAGGUUAAAAUGCUUUGAUAUUAACCAAUAGCUAAGAUUAGUUAGCGUGCUAGCAUUCAGCAUUAUUUUCAUGACAGUAUUUCGAACGGGUCAGGAUACUGGUGUACAAAUAAAGUAAGCAGCGGAUGAAAGAUGUUUAUCCAGCCAGGAAGCAGCCUAAAGUAGGCACACGAGCACCAAAUGGGAACAUACAGGAUCGCAAAGCGCCGACGAACGAGAACGAUAGAAACAACAUGUGAUAAUAAAGGCUACAAACCACUACUGUUACCUUCAUGCAAUGAGGCACACAUUUUACGACGGAUGAAUGCACGAUUUCAUGAGGAGAUGUAUUGAUGAUUUUAGUAAGAUAUGUGGGAUGCAAUGGACAUCUAUAUGCAGCAAGUAUUAAGUAUUGUUAGUGUAGUGAAAAUAGAGUAAAAAUGUCAACACAAUUUAACUAUACGGCAGAGUAGUUAGAAUAAGGGCGAAAUAAUAAUGCAACAAACCAUACACACCAACA